GUCUUGAACUUCUGGACUGAAGUUAUCUGUGUGCCUCAGCCUCCCAAAGUUCUGGGAUUACAGGUGUGAGCCACUGCACAUGGCCCAGCCCCUCUUUCUAAGCCCUGUUCCUCCCUAACCUGGUCUCAGCGGCCCCUAAACCAACUCAAGGGAACCCAUGGCUCCAACAAAACAGAGUUUUAAAACCACAGUUGGAUACUUCAUAGUCCCAGUUCUAGGUACUUCUCACUCUCUAAGGUAAUGAUGAAUCUUCCUGUCUAUGGACUCCAGUAAACUGAAUUUGUAUACAAUAAAGACGUAAAUGCAUGCAUUCCUGUUACCUGAACCAAGGUAUUGAUUCAUUAUAUGAUUCAUGAAUAUAUAAAUUAAUACAUUCAACAUCAUUUCUGCUAUAAAAUCAGAUGAAGUGUGAACACGACUUAGUCUGCAACAAAAGAGAUGGUAGGAUUUGAAGCUGGAGUCUCUGAGUGUAAUUAUUUUCCCUCUCCUUCAAAAAUAUACUUGCAAAUGUUGCAUGUUACAUCCUUUGGGGGAGUCCUGGCCAUCCAUCCAUCCAUCCAUCUGCCCAUCCACCACCUGUCAAUCUGUCCAUCUACUCUGUUUGUCCGUCCGUCCGUCUGUCCAUCCAUCCAUCCAUCCAUCCAUCCAUCCAUCCAUCCAUCCAACAAAUGUGUUUGUAGUAUCUUCUAUGUGCUAGACAUUGUGGAAAUUCAUUGAUGAAUAAAACAGGCAGUCUUUGCCCUCACAGUGCUUCCAGCUUCUAGAGACUACUAACCAAUUAGACAAAUAAAUGCACCAUUAUAACCGUGAAAGUGCUACAAAGGAGAAGUUCAUGAUGAUAAAAGAUCCUCAUGAUAGAGGCAUGGGACUGAACAGAGUUCCCUGAGGAGCCAUUUGAGCUGAAGGUGAAAGGACAAGCAGAAGUUAACCAGCUAAACAAGGGAGGGAAGAUCAUUCCAAGGAAAGGGAACAUGAUGUGCAACCCCCCUUUGGCAUGAGUGAAUUUGGCAAGGGUGAGACACUGCCAUCAGCCAGUGGACUGGAGCCAACAGGAUGAACAAGAAGCCACAGGAAGAUGUUCAUGAUAUGCUUGGACAGACAGGAGCUGGAGGCCGCAGUAAGAUCUCCAUGCUUUACCUUAAGAGGAAUGGGAAGCCACUGGAAGUUUUGAGCAGGGAAGUGAUGUGAUUUGCAUUUUGCAAAGUACACUGCAAAAUGAAUCUAGAUCAGAAGAGAUAACUGCAUGUGGGAGUACAAGGAAAAAGCAGCCCCCGUGAGAGGGUUGCAGGGGAAAUGGUUUCACCAGGUUAGAUCCAUGGUUUCAAUAAGAGAGAAAGUGGUGUGAAAGGAGAAGACUGACUGAGAAGUCUGCUGGUUUUGGGGGAGUGGCUGUGAGGGUCAUAGCACGCUGAGCUGGGGAAGGCAGGAGCUCUGGCCAGUGAAGGGAUGGUUGAUGGCCUGGUGCGGACCCUGGCUGGAGGGCUCACACACUGGAUGCUGACCAACAAAACAGACGAAAAUGAGGAGUAUGAGGAUCUGUCUCAAGGUGGCCUCUGAGGAGGGCAAACAGGCCUUCGAGGCAGGUCCAGACACUGGCACCCUGCCUGCUGCUGUACAGUUUAAUGCACCUGAGGUUGGCAAGCUGGUGUCAGGGAGUGGCCAGAAGCCAGCUUCCAGUUUGAGGCAGUGGGUGAACCUAAAUCACACUAUUUGAUUCACUUCUGUGUUUCUGGAAACUUUCAUGUUCUGAUCAAUGCAAAUAUGCCUACUGUAACAGCUGGCAAUGCCCAUGUCUCCACAAGGCCUGAGAAUAUGACCACAAUGGCUGUACAUCUUGCCCAGGCUUCUGCUGGAUGGAGAGCUUCUAGAGAUGGGGGACAGCUCGGUCAAUAUCAUCCAAGAGGAGGUUCAGCUCCAGACCUAGACCAGCUAAAGAUCAAUGACAAGGGCAAGAUGCUCUCUGCUGCCAACAUCACACACUUGUCUCAACAGAAGGAAGGAAUUUAUGUAAAAUAAGAAGUGGAAAGAGAAGAACAUCUGUGACAGUGAGAUGACAUUUCCACCUGCUUCUGAUUCCAUCUAAUAGCCAGUGGAGGUAUGGGGGAGAGAGGAGGGAGACAGGGUGGUUGGGGCUGGAAGAAAUGUUUUCAGCAGAACCAUGCCUCAGAUGGCUCUCAGAACUCAGCCUAGAAAGCAAGCCAGUUCAGAGGCACAGGGAGACUUACAGAGGUGACAUAAAUGAACAAAAAAUAAACUGUGCAUUUGGCAAGAGUGGCACUGUAAGUGUGUGCUGUGAUGAACACAGAUAUUAAACAUGCCCUGUGCCUGCCAGGUGUCACGUUUCCGAAAUCCCUUGCUCUGUCAGAAUUUGCAGAGGAAUGAGCUGGGCUCUGCUAAUUUCUGUUAUUGGUAACAGAUCACAUUUGUAGAGUACUUACGAUGCGCCAGGCACCAUGUUGAGAGGUUUCCGAUCUACUACUCCCCAUAAUCCUCACAUUGCUCUUUAGAGAGAGAGGAGAUGGAGCUCAUUUACCUGAAGCGAUGGAGAAUUUUCCCCUUGACUGCACAUCUGUGCAUCUGGUUAAGGAUCAGAACACAAUGGGAAGAGUUCCAAAGCCAACUGACCACCAAAUAGUCUGAGCAUGAUGUGCUCCUGAGGCCCUUAGAGCCAAGGGUCACUCCUAAAACAGAAGAUCAGCUGUCUACCACCCAGGAAUGCGAUUCCUCCCACCUGCUCUGUGUGUGGGCUCUGGGCUACGGGACAGCACAAGCCAGAGAGGCAAGGGGUCAAGGGAGACUCAGGGCUCGCCAACAGGCAGAGCUGUGGCCAGAACUGGCUCUUUCACUGACCAGCUGUGGGACAUCCGGCAGGUUUCUUCACUCCCAGAGCCUUCAUUUCGUCAACAGAAAAUGGAAGUCAUAGUGCCUAGUUCACAGGGGCAAUGUCAGAGUCACAGGAGGUAAUUUUAGCACAUGCCCAGCACUUCACAGGAACUGGGCAGAUUCGACCACACCUCACACAAUGAGGUCUUUCAUCUUAAGGGGACAGAGACACACACACUGAGCAGAGCACCCAGGCUUCAAGUGGAGAACAUUUCCAUCUGUGGCCAAGACUCGGUUCUCUGCCCAGAUCCUCUCAGGUCCCCUCUCUUGCUUCGGCCUGCACAGCCCCCAAGUUUUUCAUGCCUUCACUUCUAGAGGCUGCCUUACUUUUAGAGGGUAGAGUGCCUUGGGGUUACUACCUCUGGAGCAGCCCCAACCAAUGACUGGCAGAUACAGGAGUGUGAGAGCCCAGCUCCCCUGCUUCCAGGUAGGACCAACUCCGAGGUCAGGAUCAGGAUGAGGCUAAGAUGGUCCCUGAAAUCUCACUCUUGCUUCCCUUCUCCUCUUUCCUAUCCUGUCCCAUUUAUUUCCAGUCUCAUUAGGAGCACCUCUCUAACUAAACUAGUUACAUGAUGCCCUCAUUUCAGGGUCUGCUUCUUGAGAAUCCAGCCCAAGAUACCAUCUGACUUCAUCUUGAAUGCCUGAUCCUCCUUGUCCACGUGGGAAAUUCCUUCAAUACUUGUUCAGGGGUCACUCCUUCUGUGAAGCCUGUCUUGACCUCUUUAGUACAGAUACUCUGGGCACAUAUGCAUACAGUGCUGCAGGGGUGUGUGUGUGUGUGCACGUGUGUGUAUAUGUGUGUUGACCUGUUUGGGGCUGUGGAAGUCUUGAGGGUAAAAAUUUCAUUUUGUUCAUAGUUAUUGGGGGUAUAACUAGUCUCUAGUGAAAGCCUCUGAUGAACUGGGUAACCUUCUGAAAAUACAACUUUCCAUAGCAGUGGCUUCUUUAGGGCCCAGGGGUCCAGUGAGCGGGUAUGGAAGCCACCAGGAGGGAGUUCCAGGAACCUAACCCCUGAGUCAACCAAAGCACAUUUCAAUUUAGAAAUGGGUUCUGUCGCCUAAAAAUAAUGAUGAUGAUGAUAAUCAUGAUGAUGACUGGAAACUCUGAUUUAGAGUAAACUGACCAGGACUUGAGGAUUUGGGGAGAAAAAGGCUCAUUUUUCAUGUGGUUCAUCUCCUUGGCCAUCUCUUUAUGCAAUGACAGCCACUAUCAACAGAGUGCCCCUGUGGAUGUGCCGUGCAAGAGGCUUUGCAUCGAGAAGACACUGGAUCCCUCCCAGUCCUCCAGGAUACGCAUUCCUUACAUGUGACGGGCACCGGUCACUGCACCUUCAAUGAAAUAGACAUACUGUCCACUUGCUCUGUCUCCUCUGCCACCCUGACCUCUUGCCAGGUGAUAGUCACAGCCUUCUAACCAGCUCCUUAUUUCCACCCUUGCCCCUACAACCCACCAUCCACACAAUGGCCUCUCAUUUUUAAAGAACAUACAUUGGAUCAUGCCAUUCCCUGCUCCAAACAGAAGCUUUCAAUGGCUUUCCUUUGUAACGGCCCAGUGGUGUUACCUGGGGUGGACCCUGCCUAGGUCCACCGUGGUUCUCUUCACUGCUCACCAGCUUCCUGCUACCUGGUUUUUCUGUGCCUUGAAGAGGCCAAGCCUUCUGGGGCUCCAUACAACUCUCCUCCCCAACUGGGACACUCUUCCUCACGCUUGGCAAGUGAAUUCCUUCUCAUCCGCCAGUCUCAGCUUCCCUGGAGAAACAUUCCUUGACCCCCAAUCUAAAGCAGGCUACUCCCUGGGGACUAACCUCAACUAGAAAUAGAAUCCUUGUUUGCGUCCUUGCUGACUGCUGCCUCCUCGGCCAACUCCGGGAGGGCAGGCCAGGGAUCAUGUCUCUUUUGUUACCCAUCGAGUCUCCAGUGCCUAGCACAGUGCCUGGCUCUUAGCAAGCCCUCAAUAAAUAUUCAUCAUACAAAUAAGCAAAUGAUGACCAUUAGAAAAUACGACUCAUGUGUUUGGCAAACUAUACCGAGAGUUUUCUCAAUUCUUGAUGGUCAGAGCUUAAUUCUCACAUGUGGGGAGGUGGGUGAGAAGAACUGCCCACCACCCACUACUGAUGGCAUACGUUGGGGUGGUGUUGACCCUUCAACAACCCUCCUCUUCAUCCUACAUCUCAGCAUAAUGUGAGGUUCAAGGGGGAAAGAUUAUAUUGUCAUAUGGAACAUGAUUGUAACUAUAAUUGGUCACAUAAAGGAUAAAUAACAAGUCACAGUCUAUUUCAUGACAGUAAAAGCGGUAAACUUUGCCUCUAGAAGCAGUACACCAAAGGAAUGGUAAGUGGCAUUUUUUUGGAGUAAUCUUGCUGGCCGUGUCGAAAGAUGCCUCUCUGGUUGAGAUACCAGGCUUGUAUCUUUGGUGGGGAGUGUUAGGGAGUGGUGUGAAAGGGCAAGUCACAUGUGGGCAGGACUGCAGAGGUGCUGUGCCACCCUAAGCAGCAGCUGUGCACCAGCCCUUCUUCUAGGAGCUUCAUGCUGGCAUCACUGAACCUUCUCAGCAACUCCAGGAAGUAGAAAGGUUUCUGCCUGACUCCAGAGCACAAGGUGAAGAGAAGCUAGGGACAGCUGUAUCCAGUGUCCAGGACACCAUGCCAGACCUCCUGCGCCUGGACAUAGCCUAUAGCCCUCAGGUUUCCGGAUCCCUCUGAUUUUCGGUCUGGUUUUCCAGUCUUCCAGUGCAAUUCCGAGCACUUCCACUGGAUAGCCUUCGAAUCCAUUCUGAUUGUGCUGAAAUGCGACAGAGCCAGUCUUUCCGGCUGGCACCGAAGACCUCAGUCUGGUGCACGCUCCACAUGGCAGCCGCUUACGGACUCAUCUGUGGACUUACAAGUUGAUCAUGUAUUCUGCUAUUUGAAAAUAUCAAGAAAAUAGCAAGAAUUCUUGCACGCUUCUCAUACAGGAGUUUGAGAAGACGGGAGUUUGAGGGGAUGUCUUGCAGUAACAGAGCUGAUUCCAUAAAGUCUUGAUUUGCCUUGGGGGAGUUCCUGGCCUCAGAUGAUGGGGUCCUUUCCUCUUCUGUGGACCUCAGUAACCAAUUCAGGGAUCAGAGGAAGCGCCUUCACCCCUCAACAUCAUCUGAUACCUUUUUAUGGCUGCAUGAAGAGAGAUGAACAUCUCCAGAGCCUACUCAUUUUCUUUCUGAAGGCCUUCUCAGAGAUAAAUUCCUUUUCUUUCUGCAGGCCAGAUUUCCAGGGCAUGAUUAACUACAUUUCUCCGGUUCUUCAUCUUUAGAGUUUCUGUGGGCCUCAAACAACACUUUCUGAAUUUUCCCCUCUCACCCCCUACUCACUCCCUGAAAGGUAAAUAGAGUUAGGUUGAAGAUGUAAUUCAACAUGUACUUGGCACCUCGCAACCAGCACUUUGAUUCUGCAGUCAUGCCGGUCUCACGUGGCAUUCUCAGGUUUGGGUCUGUACAGAGCCAGGUCCGGCGGUGGCUGAUCCUAGACAUAUGCUAACACGCUCCCUGAGAAAGGCCCUGGAGCCAGUCAUUAGUGAACUAGGCGGAGCCUCAAGAAUCUAUGCCAUAUUUCUAGUUAUUCACCCAAAUGCUCUGUAAAGCACAACUUGAACCAUGGCAUAAAAAUAAAAGAUAUAAAGAAUCAUAGGACACGUGUGCACGCUCUGGGCGCCCCGGAGGUUUCCUGCGCCAGUGUUCCCAUGUGUGGCGUAAACCUGAGGGCCUUAUGUUAUGAGAAGAUGGGGGCUGCGGUGACUCACAGGAUCAGGCAUUUCAACCUAGAGAACCCAGCGGAAUGGGAAAUCAGCAAGAUGAAGCCCUCUCCCGCUCCCAGGCAGUCCUCUACCAACAGCCUCCUGUGACAGCAGAUUAGUCUCUACCCGAAGGGAGAGACUGCUCGUAAAGGGGACAAGCUGCUGUCAUUUCUAAAAGACGUGUAUGUUGAUUCCAAAGAUCCCGUGUCUUCCGCGCAGGUAAAAGCUUCUGAAACAACACGUCAAGAGCCAAAGGAAUUCAGACUGCUGAAAGGCCAUCACUUCGGUAUGAUAAAUAUUAAGAGCAUUCCCAAAGGCAAAAUUUCCACUGUAGAAGCAUUGACACUUCUCAAUAAUCAUAAAUUUUUUCCAGAAACAUGGACUGCUGAGAAAAUAGCACAAGAAUACCAUUUAGAACAGAAAGAUGUGAAUUUCCUUCUUAAAUAUUUUGUUACUUUUGAAGUCAAAAUCUUCCCUCCUGAAGACAAGCAAGCAAUACAAUCAAAUGAAGAAAAUCACAAAAAUUUCCUAUGUGUACUCCUCAUCCCUCAUCCUGUAUAUUUUCUCAUUUUUGGCAUAUUAAAUUAUGUUAAUUACCAAGUGUUUAAUGCUCUCAUUGUGAGAGCAUACUUUUUUUUUUUUUUUUUUCACACCUCAGAGAAGGAAAAAAGUGUGAAUUGUGGGUAUAUUGGGGUUAUCAGUGUGCUUCUAAGGGAAGACAGACAUCACUACUUCCCAGAGAUGCCCCGGAAUGAUAGAGAAGAUACUGAAGAAUUCAACGUGAUGAUGGAAUGA